UGCAAUUCUAACAAAAUGGAUAAUAUUCACAUAGCAUACAAGACGUGGUCAUACUGCUUUAGCAUAAUGCGAUCGCAAGGAGACUGCGAUUCUAUGGAGAAAACCACGUCGCGCACCAAAACGGAUGCAACCGACAAUCUGCAGGGAACUUGGCCGAGGACGGUGGUACGACCGUCGUACGGCGCGUAUUUCUACUGGAAACAACAGAAGAUGCUGUAUGAUGAAAGCUGGAUAAUAAACUAUGACGAAAUUAAACCAGAUAAUGGCGCGGGAAGAGGAUUGCUGGGAAGUAUGGUUAGCAUGCAACAAAGUGCAGACAACAUUACCGACAUUAGCAGCGGACAUACUGGUAUGUCGUCACAGAUUCAAAGUAAGCAAGUCUUCGCCGAGCUUGGACUUUAUAAUGGACAAACAUUAGCAAUCAAACGAAUUGCAAAGACAAGUUUUCAACUAACAAAAGCAGUUAGGAAAGAAGUGAAAGCGGUGAGGGAUAUUCAGCAUAUUAAUUUAUGCAAAUUUAUCGGAUCUUGUAUAGAGGUGCCGAACGUGGCCAUCUUAACAGAAUACUGCCCAAAAGGCAGCGUGCAAGAUGUCCUGUUAAACGAAGACAUUCCACUAAAUUGGGGCUUCAGAUUCUCGUUCUGUACUGACAUAGCACGUGCUUUAACCUGCCUUCAUCAAAACAAGAUAUAUCACGGGCGUCUGACAUCAUCAAACUGUGUCGUAGACGAUAGAUGGGUUGUUAAAGUCACAGACCAUGGCCUGCCGACCAUACGACAAGUCGAAGGCCAAGAGUUCGACAGAACGUAUAAAGACCAAGUGGCUCGCGUAUACUUACCGCCAGAGGUUAUUCAAGGCAAUGGGAAUGUGUUUUCUCCAAGUACUGACGUAUACAGUCUUGCCGCAGCCAAUGUUGCCGUUAUGGCUCUUGAGGGUAUGCUUCCAAAGUCGGUAGCCGAUGAACUAAAACGCGGAAAGAGCGCCACUGCAGAAUCGUUUGAAAGCUGCACAAUAUUUUUUAGCGAUAUAGUUGGCUUUACCAAACUAUCCAGUUCCAGUUCACCAUACGAGAUUAUUGCUCUUCUCAAUAAACUUUACGUGACUUUUGACUCCAUCAUCGAUAAUUAUGACGUAUACAAGGUUGAGACAAUCGGAGAUGCAUAUAUGGUUGUCUCCGGCCUUCCGAACAGGAACGGCGACAGGCACGCAGGUGAAAUAGCUAGUAUGGCCCUAGAUCUAAUUAGAGUGUGCAACACAUUCAUUAUUCCCCAUAAACCAGACACCAAGUUGCUCAUUAGAGCUGGUAUACAUUCAGGGCCUGUUGUGGCAGGAGUCGUGGGACUGAAAAUGCCGCGGUAUUGUCUAUUUGGGGAUACAGUGAAUACAGCAUCAAGAAUGGAGUCCACAGGAGAAGCUCUAAAGAUACAAGCCAGUGAGAAUUGUAAAAAGGUUCUCGAGAAAAUUGGAGGAUAUAACGUUGAAGAUCGAGGAGAGAUGCAAGUGAAGGGCAAGGGAGUGAUGAGAACAUACUGGGUGAUGGGCCGAGUUCGCGUUCCCUCAUAUUCGUUACGUCAUUCCCAUCAUUCUAUAGCAACGACUGGUGGUUCAUCCACCGCAUUAACGUCUACCAAUAUUAUAAUGGAUGAGGAGGAUAAUAGGACAAAGAAAUUAUCGUUAGAGGAACGAAGCGAUGACGGAAGUUUCAGAAGAUUCUCCCUCCCAGGUUCAAUUGAAGAAAAGGAUGGUAUAGAGAUGUCCGAGAAGUUGCUACUUAUAAACGAAAGCUCAUUCUAAGUACAUCUAAAUCGUGAUUGGUUUACGCAAAAAAUUACACCGUCCAAGUUCUACGACUCAAUGAAUUAAACAAUCAAUCAAUUAAUCAAUAAAUAAUCAUUUAUUUAACAUACCGGCACAUAUGAAGAAAAUAUAUCUAUAAAGAUGCAAUUGACAGUCGAUCAAUAUUAAUAAUCUACCGUAUAUUACACUGUAAAAUGGUGUUUAGAUUCAUAAACACAUAAUAUGUAUUCACCAUUUUUCACACGUUCAUAACAUGUGUUUAGAAUUUAGAAUGUAUGCUGUGUCCACUUUUUUCACAGGUUUAGCUGGAAACAUAUUCGUAUUUUAAACGUAAUUACGUUGACUGCAUGUAGAGAAAAAGAACCCCUCGGUGACACGUUUAUUGCUAAACGUGUGGAGCAUUACAUCCAAAGACUUUUAACUGUUACCAGGAUAGGAAGCUGACUGGUUCAAGCCGUCUAACUUGAAUUAGCCUUAUGUG